GUGGCCCCCUGAGCGCGGGCUUCCGCGCGCCCUUACCCUGCGAGCCCUACUGCUGCUUCCUUCCCGCUGGGUUUUUAAGUUUCGUUUCCUGCGGUGUCUGCUGAUUCCUCCGGCCGUGGCUUUGCCAGAAGCCGGUCUACCACUGGGUUGCAGAGAGCGCCAACCAUGGCGGCCCGGCGGGGAAAGUCCACGCGGACAGCUUCAGAGGUGGAAGCCGCUGGCCCCAGGGCCUCAGCGCGGAGUGUAAAUGGCGCUCCAACGGUGCCCGAGGCCGCCCGGCCUGGCGCACGGAGGAACGGCCCCUCCAGGGCGUCGGGAUGCCGACAGGAGAAGAGCGGCCCGGACCCCCGGGAGAAGCCGCAGGUACGCACGCGGACGGCCCGCGCCGAGGACCAGGCGGAGGGCGCAUCGGCUCCCUCCGAAAGGGUAGAGCCUCCUUCGGCCCAGGGGCUUUCCCUUCUCAGGGCUGGAUCUCGCCGCGAGAGAGAGGCGCGCUCGGCGCGGGAACGGAGACCCCAGGCCGGGCCCACAGAGCUCUCAGCCCCCGCGCGGAUGGAGGCACCCCCUGGCGCCUGGAAGCUCCAGACGGUGCUGGAGAAGGUGAGGCUGAGCCGCCACGAAAUCUCAGAAGCGGCGGAGGUGGUGAACCGGGUCGUGGAGCACCUGCUGCGGAGGCUGCAGGGCCGAGAGUCCGAGUUCAAAGGCGUUGCCCUGCUGCGCACCGGGAGCUACUAUGAGCGAGUGAAGAUUUCUGCUCCCAAUGAAUUUGAUGUUAUGUUCAAACUGGAAGUCCCCCGAAUUCAGCUAGAAGAAUAUUGCAACAGUGGUGCUCAUUAUUUUGUCAAGUUCAAAAGGAAUCCUGGAGGAAAUCCUCUGGAACAGUUCUUAGAAAAGGAAAUAUUAUCAGCUUCUAAGAUGCUGUCCAAGUUUAGGAAAAUUAUUAAGGAAGAAAUUAAAAAUAUAGAAGGUGUCACUGUGGAGAGGAAGAGAAGAGGGAGCCCUGCAGUAACACUUCUGAUUAGCAAACCUAAAGAAAUAUCUGUGGAUAUAAUCCUGGCUUUGGAACCUAAAAGCAGAUGGCCUGCUAGCACCCAGAAAGGCCUGCCCAUCAGUGAGUGGCUUGGAGUAAAAGUUAGAAACAAUCUGAAACGACAGCCAUUUUACCUGGUACCCAAGCAUGCCAAGGAAGGAAGUGGUUUUCAAGAAGAAACAUGGAGGCUUUCCUUCUCUCACAUUGAAAAGGACAUUUUGAAAAAUCAUGGAGAGUCUAAAACAUGCUGUGAAACUGAUGGAAUGAAAUGUUGCAGGAAAGAGUGUUUAAAACUAAUGAAAUACCUUUUAGAACAACUGAAAAAAAAGUUUGGAGACCGAAGGGAACUGGCUAAGUUCUGUUCUUAUCACGUGAAAACUGCCUUCUUUCACGUCUGUACCCAGGACCCUCAUGACAAUCAGUGGCAGCUCAAGAACCUUGAGUGCUGCUUUGAUAACUGUGUGGCAUAUUUUCUGCAGUGCCUCAAGACAGAACAACUGGCCAAUUAUUUCAUUCCUGGAGUCAAUCUGUUCUCUCGAGACCUAAUUGACAAACCAAGUAAAGAAUUUCUGUCAAAGCAAAUUGAAUAUGAAAGAAACAAUGGAUUUCCAGUUUUUUGGUGAAUUUUGAAAUUAUAUUUUUAAAACUAAUAGAGAAUUAGAAUGAUUUUAUAAUAAGUGAAAUGUCACAGCCAAUGAUGGACUAAAAUGAAUUUAAAUAAUUA